CUCAUCUUCUGUCCUCAAAAAGAUGGCCAGGAAUUCAGUGUUUUCAAUGGCUAUGAUGAUGUUUGUGCUAUGGCUAUCUAGAAUAGUGUACACACAAGCUCAAUUCCAACCACCCAAAGACCUAGCCCCAAAGUUUAGUCGUAACCCUGAAACCCUCUCACUAGCCUCAACCGAUUAUGGGCACAUAGUUCACAAAACCCCAUGGGCAGUGUUUGAGCCAUUUUCCGUUGGUGAUAUCUCGACCUUGAUAAGCUUCUCAAACUCUCUUCCCUCUCCUUUCACCAUAGCCACUAGAGGCCAAGGCCACUCGGUUCUUGGACAAGCCAUGACACGAGAUGGGGUGGUGCUGAAUAUGACUAACCUCAAUAAUUCCAAAAAUGGGUCACGAAUUGUGGUGUCUGAUUGUGAUGGGAAGGGUUCAUUGGGUUGUUAUGCUGAUGUGGGUGGUGAGCAAUUGUGGAUUGAUGUGUUGCAUGCAACUCUUGAACGUGGACUCACUCCUAUGUCUUGGACUGAUUAUUUGUAUUUGACGGUUGGAGGGACGUUAUCUAAUGCAGGGAUCAGUGGCCAAGCCUUUCGAUUCGGACCCCAGAUCUCUAAUGUUCUUGAAUUGGAUGUUGUUACAGGGAAAGGAGACCUUGUGACUUGUUCUACUGAGAAGAACUCAGAGAUAUUUUAUGCUGUUCUUGGAGGCUUAGGUCAAUUUGGAGUGAUAACAAGAGCCAGAAUACCUCUAGGACCUGCACCCACUAGGGUGAAAUGGCUACACCUACUUUACAACAACUUCACUAAAUUUUCUACAGACCAAGAAUAUUUAAUCUCGUUCAGUGAAAAGAAUGACGUUACUGCAGCAGAUUAUGUAGAAGGUAUGCUUCUAUUGAAUCAACCACCAUUGGAUCUUUCCUUUUAUCCAGUUUCUGAUCAACAAAGGAUAACUACCCUGGUAACUCAAUAUGGCAUUAUCUACAUCAUAGAGCUUGUCAAAUACUAUGACAACAACUCUCAAGCACGCGUCGAUGAGGAAGUUGCAAACUUGGUGAAAGGUUUAAAUUUUGUUCCUACAUUUAUGUUCGAAAAUGAUGCGUCGUACGAAGAGUUUUUGAACAGAGUUCAUGCUGAUGAGCUAGUUCUUAGGUCAAAAGGACUUUGGGAAGUUCCUCAUCCUUGGCUAAACAUUUGGGUCCCAAGAUCUCGAAUCUCGGAUUUUAAUGAAGGUGUAUUCAAGGACAUUAUUCUCAAGCAAAAUAUCAGUAGCGGAAUUUCCUUAAUCUACCCCAUGAACAGAAACAAGUGGGAUGAUAGGAUGUCUGCAGUUACACCAGCAGAAGAUGUUUUCUAUGCAAUUAGUCUUUUGCAUACCGCAAUUGGGUUAGAUAUAGAUGGGGUGCAAAAAUUUCAAGCUCAAAACCAACAGAUAUUACAAUUUUGUAAGAAUGCUAGUAUUAAGAUCACAGAAUAUCUUACCGGUAACAAAACACAUCAAGAAUGGGUGGAACAUUUUGGUCCAAAAUGGAAAGUUUUUGAAGAUAGAAAAGUUGAAUUUGAUCCCAAAAGAAUAUUGUCACCUGGACAAGGGAUUUUCCAAUGAUCAAUGUGCUACAUUUUAAUUUACAACUGAAGUCUCUUUAUUUGGAAUGUCAGUGUGUCGUCCAUUGUAAAAACCAAAUAAAUCUGUUUAAAUAAAGA